AUCGAAUUCUGUAUCUUAAACUGAUCGGUUAUAUUAUAAAAUGGAAUCACCAAUUGAUAUUGGCGAGAGAGCAAACGAUGCAGCUAAUUUUGUUUCCAUUAUGCUCCGUACUACUGAUGACGGUAUCGAUGGUAUCUUCGUAACCCCAUUUGGGACCCUUGUCUGUGUAGAUCAAGCAACAAAUCAACAAAUAAUUGAAAUACAAGGAUGGCUUUAUGACUUUAAAAUCUUUUUGGAGCAAGAGUAUGUUUGGCCAGCUGAUACGGACAUUUCUAGCUACGGUAGCUAUUGUGAGGUCACCUUCACGGCUUUACGUGCCUUUAUCGAUUAUCACAUUGGAAAGGCUACAGGAGGCAUAGACUAAAUAAAAAUUGCCUCUCCAGAUAUGCAGCAAAUCAAUCUAUUAUUAAUUUCAUUAUAUUUGUAAUGCAAUCUGAAAUUUAACGAAUAAAA